GAUAACAAUAAUGAAGAAAUAAACAAAAAUAAUAGUGAUGACGAAAAUAGUAUUAACAAUGACGAAGAGAAUAAUGAUAAUAAUAACGAAGAGAAUAAUAAUGAAAAUAGUAAUAGUAAUAAUAAUAAUAAUAAUAAUAAUAGCAACAAUAACAAUAAUAAUAAUGAUGAUGAUGAUCAUAUUAAAUUAUUAUUAAAACCAAUUGUUAGAAAACCACCCAAAGCACAAAAAAAGAAAACAAUUAAAGAUCACAUAUCAAAAUAUUUAAAGAGUAUUAUUUAUGGUGGUAUGGAUGGUUUGGUUAGUAUUUUUGUAUCAAUUGCAGUAUCAUUUUCAAGUUCUGAUUCAAAGAUUUCAGUAUUAUUAAUCAUUGUAUUAUCGAAAUUGGUUGCUGGUGCAAUUUCAAUGGGUGUUGGUGAUUAUUUGGGUACACAAGCUGAUAUAGAUUUCGCAAAAGGUGAACGUAGAAGAGAAGCUUGGGAAGUUGAAUAUUAUUUAGAUGGUGAAAAGAAAGAAAUGAUUGAAAUCUACACAAAUAAAGGAAUACCAGAGGAUGUUGCUAAAGAGGUAGUAGAAAUUCUCUCAUUGAAUCCAAAAGGUUUUGUUGAUGUUAUGAUGGUUGAGGAAUUGGGUAUUAUGCCAGAUUCUGAAUCCCAAUCUGCUUGGAAAAAUGGUUUAGUAAAUUUCAUUUCAUUUGUUUUCUUUGGUACUCUCCCAUUACUACCUUAUUUAAUUUUCUUAAUCAUCUCUUAUGCUGCCAAAAUACCUUCAAAUGAUCAUCUAUAUUUAUUUUUAAUUGUUAUUGGUAUCACCUGUUUUACUUUAUUUUUAAUUGGUAUAUUUAAAGCCAAAUCAACUGAAACCGCAUGGUAUAAAAGUGGAUUUUUAACUGUUAUAUUUGGUGUCAUUGGUGCCGCUGCUGGUUUGGGUACUGUAGAAUUAAUAAAGUACAUUUUCCCAGAUGUAGAAUUAAAUUAAAUUACAAUCCAAAAUAUUGCUCAACUAUAAUAAAAAAUAUAUAAAAAUAAUUAAUAAUGAAAUUAAUAAAUAUUUAAUAUUAUAAUAAC